UCCUAUAAGAUUGAUAACGAAGGUUGGUGACAGUGAAAAGUUUUGUUUAAGAAACAACAAUCACCACCAAGAAAGAGAAGCUGUAUAUAGAUAAUCAAGUCAAGCAUCUUAAAAAAUCCGAAAUAACGAAUGGUGUUUGUGUUCACGUAAAACACACUUUAGUGUUUAUAAUGGUCGACGCAAAAAUCUGCAAUGCUGUCACUAAUACGAAAUCCACAAUGAGGUGUUAUAUUUGCUGACUGACCGCAAAAGACUUUAAUGAUUUAAUGAUUUUUCGAAUCACUUCUGCAUUUAGCGUACAAACUUCCCAUCAAAAAAUGGAGGCUCGCAAGUGCAGAAGAAAAAGAAAUCCAUGCUGAAACAGAGAAGAGAAUACAAGAGGCGUUUAAAGUAUAAAUGGAGCUGUUGGUAAAUAUUUCCAAAGCUGGCUUUGGGAAUACAAAUGAUGGGAACACCUCGCAAAAGUUUUUUCAAGAUCCCGAGAUGUCUGCUAUAAAGAUUCAAGGUUAUACUUGAAGCAUUGAGCAGUGGACAUAUGAUUGAUAUCGAGAAAUUUUCAGCUUAUGCAUCUGAGACUGCAGAGCUAUAUGUGAACUUAUACAACUGGCAUCCCAUGACGCCAACCGUUCACAAAAUAUUGGUUCACGGAGCAACUGUGAUUUCGGAAGCUUCAUUGACAAUUGUUUACCUAUCGGAGAAGGCUGCAGAAGCCCGGAAUAAACAUUUCCGUUUGUACAGGCUGAACUUUACGAGGAAAUUCUCUCGAGAAAUUUGCAAUAGGGACACACUAAACAGGCUUUUGCUUACCUCUGAUCACGUUACGUGGAAACAAAAGCAAGCACAGAGAAGAAAAAAAGUAGAUCAGAAGCAGAAGAAAUUAAAAAUAAGAAAAAGAAAUAAUUGAGUCGGAGGACGAAUAUGAUGUAGACGAAUCUGACUAUUUUUUUUUUAUUUGCCGUUGUAGUUUUUAUAUUUUGCAAAAUAAAAG